AUGUCCAUGAUCCUUGCCGAGAAUUUGAAGCCGCAAACACGCCAGAUCGUUCGGAGCCUCCAACUGACAUCCGCUCCCCCACCUCCACAUCAAGGUAGCUGCAUUGUUGCUGCAGUGAGGAAAGUUGUGGGUAGUUCUUCGCACAAGUACCUACUUACGUUGUAA